CAUACCCAUUUCAAUCAAACACUUCCACCUGCAAACUUGUGAAGCUCGUUUUGAUUCAUAUUGUUGAAUUUGUGAAGUUUAUAGUAAUGGCGGAUUCAAAUGCACCAGAGCAGCAGGAUCGUGGGCUGUUUGGGAAAAACAAAGACGAAAAGACGGCGCAGCAGCAGCAGCAGCAGCAAGGUGAGUGUGGGAUUGGAGAGAAGAAAGGAGGAGGUUUGGUAGACAAGAUAAAAGAGAAUCUUCCUGGGCAGAAGAAAGAAGGGCAAGUGAUCCAUGAAGACAAACAAGAGAAGCAAGGAGGAGGGAUGAUGGACAAGAUUAAGGAAAAGUUUCCUGGACAAAAGAAAGAAGGCCUGUAGAAGCAGGCUUGAUUACUAUUCUAUGUUUUAUAUGUUAUAGAAGAAAAAGACCAGCAAUAGCUUCUUUUUUAUGUUUUAUAUAGCAUAUGUUAUGUUCAGAUGUAUCUGAACAUAACAUACUGUCUUUAUGUAUACAUGAUAUUACUUAAUAAUGGGACGCUUAUGUUCUUGUAAUGGCGGAGAAAUCAAGUAGUCCAUGCUUUUGCAGAUGUGGCUGUGGAUAUUUGUUCUAUCCAUUGUGAUUUCUUAAAUGAAAAAAAGGUUUCCUUUGAAGAA